AUGGUGCGAGAUCGCUCGAUCUCUGUCACGUUUGUUUGCCACGCCGCUCAGGAGGAACCGCGUUUGUCUGACUCGCCGUGGUCUUCUCUAGUUCGCCGCUGUCCCCCGUGAAACGGUUAUCCAUCAGUGCUCGAAAUGUUUGCAACGUCUGUGCGAUACGCGCGCGAUCAACGAUCGGACGAAGGGACGAAGAGAACGCGCCGAUGGAAGGAAAGGGUGAAGGAUGCGUGCGUGAUAAACGCAACUGCUGAAUACCAGCGGGUGAAAGAGAAGGUUCAUAAUCGAUGAGACACCCCAGGGAGAAUGCAGUGGCAGUCAAGUCAUGGAGAGAUUCAGUCCGCCAGCUGCGUCGUUAAAGAAACGAAUCAGCCCUCCGAUAGCUUGGAACCUUGGCCUCACCAAUAAGGACCCGAAGAUUAUCAGAGUGAUCCUGCUGGGCCAUCAAGGUGUCGGUAAAACUGCCAUGGCAGUGCGAUUCGUGACGAGACGAUACAUAGGGGAGUACGAUUGUACCAUCGAGAGGAUUUACAAGGUAGACAGUUUCCUGGAUGCAUCGUGGGAGAUAACCGAUCCCCCGGGAUUUCUGUCUCCGCCGUCCGAACUGAAGCUGCGAUGGGCAGACGCAAUCGUCCUCGUUUACUCUGUAUCCGAUCGUGUCAGCUUCGACGAAACGUCUCGUCUUCGAUUCUUGGUAUCGCACGCGAGGAAAACUAGAAAAGUUCCCCCGAUCGUAAUAUUGAUAGCGAAUAAGGCAGACUUAACGUACACUCCUGGCGAAAGGGUGGUUUCCACGGCGGAGGGUCGCCAAAGGGCCGAGGAGAUCGAGGCCCACGCAUUUCACGAAAUAUCCGUCCGAGAAUCCGUCGAACAGGUCAUGGCCGUUUUCACUGACAUCUCCAAGCUACUGACGGAAUUGCCGGGCAAUUCUGGCCAACAAAUGAAUUCCUUCAGGGUGAGAGCUUCCACCGAUGGGACCUUGGAUGUUCUCCGGCGUCCUUCGCCUGUUCCGCUCAAGAGGAGAUUCAGCAUCUCCGUUCGAGGAACGCUUCGUUAAGCGUGAAGGCGAGUUUAGAGCUUAAGCUGCGCGGUAAAGUCACGUUGAU